CGUCUCUUCGGCUCCUUGAACGAAAAGUGAGCAGCGGACGGACGCACCUGAACCUGCGUGUCCUAAUUAGCCCGUCGCUUGUUUGUACAGUAGUUACAGUCCACAUUAACGGCUUCAAAAUACAUUUAAAGUACAGUUACAAUGUAGAUAAAAACAAGUGUGAGUAGUUUAAACCGUUGGAUAACUGUAUUGUUUGCUGAAGUGCCGCUAGCUCGCGCGCCGGGGGCUGAAUUUCGUGCCGUUAGCUUGUUUCAACUUUGUGGAAAUAUGUAACUGUGACAAAUGAGACUGUAACAUGGAGCAGUCGGCCACUCUCGACAUAGAGACGCUGAAGAUUACCCAGGAGCAGUUUAUCCUUGCGUCCCAGUCCCUGCAUCUCCAGCGACCAGGCUGCGACACCGUGUACCCAGUGGGUCUGUACGGCUGGAGAAAAAGAUGCCUCUACUUCUUCCUGCUGCUGCUCUUGGUCACCAUGAUAGUUAACCUGGCCCUCACUGUCUGGAUCAUAAAGGUCAUGAAUUUCUCAGUGGAUGGAAUGGGAAACCUUCAGUUGAAGCAGGACGGGAUUCGCCUGGAGGGGAUCUCUGAGUUUCUCCGGCCUCUCUAUGUGAACGAGAUCCAGUCUAGAAGGGACAGCUUGUUGGUCUUGGGGUCAGAAAAGAAUGUGACGCUGAACGCCAGAAACGACCAAGGCCAGCUGACCGGUCAGCUCACAGUGGGACCUGAGGCUGUGGAGGCUCAGUGCCAGAGGCUGGAGGUACGGAGUAAAGAUGGAGGCAGACUGCUGUUCACUGCAAAUGAGGAGGAGGUCAUCAUGACGACAGAAAAGUUCACUGUCACAGGCUCAGAAGGCGCUGUGUUUGGUCACUCAGUAGAGACUCCCCUGAUCCAGGCGAGGGCAUCUGAAGACCUGAAGCUGGAGUCUCCAACACGGACCCUGACCAUGGAGGCUCCCAGAGGGGUGGAAGUGAGUGCUGCCAAGGGGCCGCUGAAGGUCAGCGGUCGAAAAGAUCUACAGCUGGAGUCCACAGAGGGAGAGAUACUUUUAGAUGCCAACACCAUUCAGCUGGGUAGUCUCCCGCUGGGUGUCUACACAGCUUCGCCCAACCAGGCCUCUCAGGAGCAGGCUGUAUAUGAAGUGUGUGUCUGCCCCAGCGGCAAGAUCUACCUCUCUCCUGCAGAGAGCAGCUCCACCUGCCAGGCCAUGAGCAACAUCUGCCUCUGGAGCUGACCUGGGAGCAGUGUCGGUGAUGGGGGACAUCUUUAACAUCUGCUCUGAAGCUGCUGAGUUUGAGACUCCGUUGGUACAUUAGACGGAGGGUGGAAUUCACCAAAGUGGAGGUGGAGCUUGACCUCUGGGCUGUUUAGAUCAAUACAGAAGCAGCAGAGUCCGCUGCUUGUGAUGGUCUGUUGGACGUCAGGACAACUGACAGUGUUUGAGGAAUGACAGUGUUUGAGGAAUGGCAGUCAGAGCUCUCUGAAAUCAGGAAUAUCACAUACGAACAGGAACAUUUCCACUAUGUUACAUUAGAGUCAGAAGACACACCCUUUAUUUUUCUACAUUAGGUUCAUUGUAGAAAUGUUUUUGAGAUUUAGAGAGAACAGAAGAGGUAGAACACAGGUGCCUUCAGCUUUGAAAGAACUCAUAUUGUGACUAAUAUUCAACCUGUCUGUGCAGUCAGAGAGAGGAAGUUUUUUAAUGUUGUGAUGAUAGAAAGACAAGUAAGCACAAUUCUGUCAAAAAAUCCUGAUCUUGAUUUUUUUUAAAUCUAAUAUUUUAGUUUAUUCCCCAUUAUGUUAGCAGAAACUAAACAUGUUUUUAUGUGGCACACAUUGUACUUGAAUUCUAACUGUGAUUAAGUUAAAAACCAGUUUAAAAAAAAAGAUAUAUGUGCUCUUCUUGUUGAGGCAAAGGUUCACAGGACUUCUUCACUUGAAGGUAAAUAUUCUACAUUUUCUUGAUGAUGUUGAUACGACAACAUGAGAGAAUUAGGUGAGAAAGCAAUCUCACAGAAGGGCCCAUUUAGAAAAUGUUCUGGGGCUUUCGAGCAUAACAGAUGAUCUCCAUCAGCAGAUGGAGUUUGCCCAGUUGUCAUGUAAUUAUGUUUUUCUGUGCACUUUAAAAGGACUUCCAUUUUGGCUUCAUUCUUGCUCAGAAAAGAAAAAAAGAACUAGAACUACAAUUCCAUCACAACUGGGAAACUCAUCAACGAAACCUCGUUGCUGCUGAGGAUCAUGUUUUAUAUCGAAAGCUCUAGAGCAUCAACUAAAUGGCCUUCAUGAUGAGGGUGUUUUUUUAACAUUAUAAUGACAAAAUUUACAUUACAAAAGUUUUAUUCAGUAAAUUCUUUGACAUGUAUAUUUUUAAGUAUUGUUGUCAAGUUGCUAAAUUUAAAGCAUUUAAUUACCUGCUAGUAACUCUCACUUCCCUCUGAGGCAGCGCUCCACUGCCUCGAGAGGCUGGCUGACCUUGGCACUGCAGUUGAGAGCGAGGCAGGCAGCCAUGUGUCAGCAGGCCUGCUGGGGUGCAAAGCCUUGCUCCACUCCACUUCCUCAUUCUCCAUCAUCACCCUGCGGCAGAGACAGGCUGGUUUGUCCACAGAUUGCCUCAUGGUUGAUGUUACGUCAUCAAAAGCUGCACAAACAGGUGCUGCAGAGGUCAGAUGUGCAGUGUGUGCAGCUCAGGACUUCAUCUCAAUGUGCCAUGAUGGUCAUCAGCUUUGAGAGCAGCUCUGGAAAUGCCCAUGCCUGAAGGAAUCCUGUCUGGAUACCUCACAGCGAUCUUCAUGCCAUUCAGCUCAUAGCCCUGAAGAAGUAAACAAAGACCACCGAAAACUGUUUUAUUGGAG